AUGACUCACAAAACCUGUUUCAGUGUUGGAUAUCCUUCUGUCAAAACAGAAAGAGGAAGUGGAAAAUAAACAACAAAACAUUCCAUAAAACUAUGAAAAUAGAUGUCUAGAAAUCAUAGAAUUUGAAGAAGUUUAUUUACAGAUUUGCUGACUUCAUACCAAACAAAGAAUGUUUCAACAACCUGGUUAUAUUAAGAACGUGUCAUUGAGAGUGUCAGAGGUUCUAGCUGAUAUUGGAGUGGAUGAGAGAAUUGUUCAGAAAAGAAGAAGAACAUGGCUGCUGGAUGAAUCUUUGUUUGCAAGAUCAUUACAACUUCUUGAUGCAAAUGGUUCUUCAUACUUCUUAGGCAGUCAGUGUGAGGGAACAACCACACUGGGACUUCAGUCAGACUGCGAUCGACUUGAAUGUCAAAAUGGCUGUAAUGUGAUACAAGACUGGGCUGACUGGGAACCUGGUGAGAACAAUUACUUGAUGAUUCAGGAUGAGACUGUAUCCCCUGGUUACUGUCUACUACAGCUCCUGAGAGAUGAUGCUCCUCUUCCUGACAAUGGUGUACCUAACAAAUAUCAGUUCAAAGACAGAACAGGAAGAAUAUUGCUAAAGAAUAUAAUUAUGUCAGCAGGAGCAGCUAUUGUUUAUGAGGGAGGAGUAAGACAUGGUCCAGCAUAUGCACAUCGACAACCUGGGUUCAGGGAUACUGACAUUGUUGGUGCUUGCCGCUGUAAAUCAUGGCCUCAACAAGCUAGACAAUGGUUCAACCAACAAGGUGUAGGUCAGUGGCCUUCAGAUCUUAUGAAGAAAUAUUGUAGCAACACUGGAUGUUUUGUUGUUGGGGUUGGAAGCAAGGGCAGUGAUAAUGAAGAGAUUGAAUGGAGAAUAUCAACAUCUCUAGCAGAAAGAUGUUUAAUGUUUAAUCUCAGUAUUACACAGAUUCGAUGUUUUGUGUUGAUGAAGAUGAUCUUAAAAACUUUCAUCAAACCACACUUUAAAGACACUAUUUCAAGUUUCAUGUGUAAAACAGUUCUCUUUCGCUGUAUUGCAUAUACACACUCUAAUGCCUGGAGAGAAAAUAACUUACUUGUUUGUUUAUCAUUGUGUUUAUUUGUCCUGUACAACAGUGUUUUGAAUGAACAUUGUCCACACUUUAUUAUACCUGGAAACAACUUGAUGAGAGGACACAUUUCUCAUGAAUAUAAACCUUACCUUCUUGAAACACUGCUGUAUAUCAUAAACAGUGAAGGGAGAGCAUUAUUGGAGACUAGAUGUGAUGCUCUCGGUUCAAUGAUUUAUCUGAAGUUGAGUUGUUUUCUCUCAUUCAAAACAAGUCACAUUGUUUCAGGACAAUUAUUAAACACAACUGCACUGUCCAUUAAUUUAAAAAUACAAGAAUCUCUAACUGAUAUUACACACAGUAGUUACGCAGAAGCCUUACAAACACUGCUGAAGUGUAUUUCCAAACUAGCUAUUAUUUAUGAUCAAAGCCAGGGACUGGAUAAAACAGCUUGCAGUCUUCUGGUUCCGCAUUUCUGUACCACCCUUGGAUCUGUUCUGGGGUCCUGCAACAUUCAACAGUACCACACUAUAUCAGCAGAUGCUCUCACCUGGAUCUCAUUGGGUCUGAACACAGAUGUUUCAUCUGGUAAACUGAAGCUGGCAUCCAUGUUAUACUGUAUAGAAAAUACUCAAAGAACAGAAAUUGUUCUCAGAGAUAUUGAAGCAAACUAUCAUCUUAACAUUGUUGAGCCAAUCUGUCAUUGCCAUGAUUUCAUUGGUCAACCUCCAAGAAAUGGGUUCAAUGCAAUAUCUGACAAUCAUAAUGAAGAAGCUAUACAGUAUAUUACCUCAUUCUGUAUCAGUUUUCUGCCAUGUGAAAUUAACUGUGUUCCACAUGAACUAAGAUAUGAAAUAUUUAGAUCUACACAAGAGGACAUAGCUUUCAGAGGUAGAGAGGACUACUGGAUGGACUGGGCUGCAGUAGAUUCCCUCCCAUACCUCUACUUUCUACAAUACAAGACCUACAGCAGUAUUCAGAGUCAUGAAGAUAAGCAAAGAGCACUUUCCAACCUGAUCAGAACCACUGGCCAGGAACCAAACCUUGGACACAGGGAAACAGCUCUAAAUCUACUGGGACAGUGUAUGGAACAAGAGGACCGAGCUAGAGAUGCUUUAGGUUGUUAUAUAUUAUCCCUAAAUCUAAGGGGGAGAAACAAUGCUGCCAAGGUACAUAUCUGUAGACUGUUGUCUACUUUGGUAAAUGACCAUUAGUUUAAAAUGAACAAACAAGUUCUUUGAACAGUAAGUGGAGAAUAUCAAUUCAUUCAAUAUUUAUAUAUAUUGGUAUAAGCGAUGUAUCCUACAGUUUGGAUCCUAAGAUUGGUGUGCAAAACUGUAUUAUUAUGUCAUCCAAAUUUCAAGGCUGUAUCUUAAAAAAAACAAGAAAGUAGGUCAGUAGGUCAAGGUGACAGUUAAGUGACCCCUAAUUACUUUGGGUCAUCAGGUAAUCAUAAUUAAACAGUCUAGGAAAUAUGAUCAGAUAAUAUUUUAAGUAUUUUUUCCUAUAUAACUCAUAUAACAGUGACCCCCCAGGUGGGGCCUCUUUUCUUUUUUUCCCUAUAAAAGUCUAUGUAAAACUUGGGACCCCCAGGGCAGGGCCUUUUUUCAUCCCAGGGGCUUAAUUUGAACAACCUUGUUAGAGAACCACUAUGCAAUGCAACAUACCAAAUAUCAAAAGCCUAGCCCUUACAGAAGAAAAAGGCCUGCUGCGUACUCUUGCUGUGUACAUACAGCGUAUAUGAUGCGUACAUGAUGUGUACUGAAAUCAAGGGCUUUAAAUAGUACGCAGGAUAUACACCGCACAUACACCGAUAGUAUGUUUGUAGUACACUUUUGACAUGCAAAUGAGCUCUGUCACGUACUACUUGCUGCGUACAUGCUGUGGACUACAUAGUACACAGGAUGUACGCUGGAGGAAAUUAGUAUGCGGGAAAUAGUACGCAGCAUGUACGCGGCACAUACACUUUUCACAUGCAAAUGAGCCUGCGGUGUACUACCCCUGCGGCGUACAUGCUGUGUACUCCUGCGGCGUACAUGCUGUGUACUCCUGGCCCGAGUCCUGCGGCGUACAUGCUGUGUACUCCUGCUGCAUACAUGCUGUGUACUCUUGUGGCGAAACUGCUGUGAUAAUGUAAAUUCCUUACCCCACCAACUUUCGUAUGCAAAUGCUGAUCAUUUGGACAGAAAAAAACAGAAAAAAGAUAAGUGACAUGCAUCAAUAAGUAUUUACCCUUACCAAAAUAAUGUAGAUUGAUGUUAUCAAAUAAAUAAGUAUGCUUUUCUUCAUCCACUUUUCAAUGAAAUAAAUCAAUUUUUGUAGCAUGUAAUUUGGUAAACAUUUGAAGAAAAUGGCGUAACUGCAUCAAGGGGAAACAACUUUAAUGCAACUAAAUAUAAAUGUUAUGAUUUAUUAUAGACGAUGUGUACGUAGUAUGUAUUUAUUUUGAUUAAAAUCCAUCUGAGAAAAAUCUAGGACUGGAAUUAUAUAAGCAUUUAUACACUUUUACGUCCGUAAAAAGUAGCGCACCAAAAAAUUUUGGAUUGAUUUUUUCCAAUGGGGCGAGCGCAAUUAGCCAAAAACGUUCUGAAAAUAUACGAGCGGCAAAUCUGAUGAACAACUUUUUAAUUUGGUGAGGCCUUAAUGAGUUAACAUAAUGAGCAUUAAAGCCUUUAUAAAACAUGAUAGAAUGGUGUUUUGCUUAAGAGUAUUCAAAUAACAGUGAGAGCUAUUAAUUCUUCUCAUUCGGGCGCUGUUGAGGCAUUAUCUUGGUAAUUAUUUCAUGUAUUACAAAAUGUAAUGCAACAAAGUUCAAAUAAGGCUUUUCAAUUAUCCAAGUUAGAAAGCUCCAGGAUUAAUUCAAAAUGAAAAAGAAUAUACUUUUACACUGCAUGCAAGGUGCAGCUCAGAAAUCACUAAGAUGUAAGCUUCACAAAUGAACAUUGCAAAUAGUUUGGCAAAUUUUCAUUGUUCAGAAUACUGGUAAUCUGAACUAUUCUAUGCUAUUAAGAUAACAGUUACUCGGAAAUCAAGUUCUUGCUUCCAAAAAAAAAAAAAAAAUGUACAAAUCCUUCCUGCAUGAAGUGUACUUCAGACUUUUACCUAAAAAAAUUCAAAGUAUAAACACCAAAAGAAAAUGAACAAGUCCCUCCCGCGUAUAUGAAGUUUACUUCAGACUUUAACUUAUAAAAAAAAAACUAAGUAUAAAUGCCAAAAGAAAUUGUACAA